CUGUGUUGAAAUGACAGGACUGUUACCUGUAACAACACCUGAACCUCCUGGUACACAUUACAGCUGAAAGCCUCGCGUGCUGCCUCCCGGCUGAAGCUGUCAAAAUGGAGGAAGAGGAGCAGCUGUGCUCCUUCAUGUUCCUGAUGACUUACAUGCUCCUGAAGCGCAGGAGAGACAUCAACAACGCCAACAUCCAGAGGCGCAAUGAGAUCCAGAGACGCAUCAGACAUCGGCAGUAUUUCUUCCAGAGACAGAGGAGGAUGCUCAUGAUGAUGAUAGCAGGAGGGAUCCGCUCCAACGUCCGCAUCCGCACUCGUCCCUGGACCACCACUCAAAGCACUGACUGGUGGGAGCGGGUGGUGAUGACAGAGUUCCAGCCGUCUGAUUGGCUGGAUAAGUUCCGCAUGAGCCGGGAGACGUUCUUCUACCUCUGUGACAAGCUAAGGCCCCGUCUGGCUCGUCAGGACACCAGCUUCCGCCUGGCGCUGCCGGUGGAGAAACGUGUAGCAGUGGCUCUGUGGCGGCUGGCAUCCAACAUCGAAUACCGCACCAUCAGCACCCUGUUUGGCGUGGGGAAGUCCACCGUGUGCAGGUGUGUUAGGGACAUGUGUCACGCCAUUGUGGCGCUCCUCAGCUCCAUCUACCUGCGGUCCCCCAGUGAGCAGGAGCUGGAGGACUCAGCCCAGCUCUUCCUGUCCAACUGGGGCUUCCCUCACUGUGUUGCUGCCAUAGCAACCCUCCACACAGCCAUCAUCACCCCAUCAAACAACGCGUCGGACUAUGCCAACCCUGCUGGCUGGCUGUCAGUGCUGUCUCAGGUGGCUGUCAGUGGACGGGGACAGUUCUGGGAUGUAUGUGCCAGUUUCCCAGGUGGGACAGACCCAGCUGAUAUCUUCCAGAACUCAUCGCUGUGGGCCACAGCUGCAGAGGGUGGACUGUCGCCUGCCACGCCAUCUGACUUCAUGGGAAAACCACUCAGGUAUGUGCUGCUGGGGGAGGCCUGCUACCCUCUCCAGAGCUGGCUGAUGAAGGCCUAUCCUGAGGAAAAGGGUAGGAGGAUCAGCCACACGGCGCUGACGGAGCCACAGCGACUCUUCAAUCGGCGACUCACCAGAGCUCUGCGUGUGUCUGAGGAGGCGCUGCUGAGGCUGAGGGCUCGCUGGCAGUGUCUGAGCAAGAGGAACGACUGCGGACUGGACGUGGUGCCCACCAUGAUUCUGGCGUGCUGCAUUCUGCACAACAUGUGCGAGUCCCACGGGGACGCCUUCAAGGAGGAGUGGCAGCAGGAGGUGUCGGAGGCAGAGAGCCCUCAGCCCAGCCACAAGCAGCUCACCUCGACCAGCACUGACCAAAGUCAUGCCGAGGAGGUCCGACAACUCUUCUGUAACUACUUUGAAGAGCAGAACAAUUAAAAAUGCUACAUGUAAAGACUAAUCCCCUUAAGCGUGUACUGUUACAGUAUAUUUUUUAGCCACAUGGUGCUUGUUGAGUGGUUUUGAACAUGUAUUUUUAUGCACACUUAAAGGACUGUGAAAGCAUUCAGAUGUUAGCAUUGAUCUCAAAUGAUGGUUGAACCUUAAAUGACCCAGAGAUAGACAAAGUAAAGCAAAGACUGACUGAAAAUAAGCUAAACCUGAAAAUUUAGACCUCAAAUCAAGUCUGAGAUGUCCGUAAAUCAUGAUGCAUCCACCAUAGGAAACAUACUUUUGAUUUAGGCAGGAACAUGUUUUUACCAUGUGCCACCAUCCGACCGUCUUUACAUGUUCUGCCCCACAAGCAGUAGCAUGGGCCGAUUACGAGACAGACCUCUGGGCACAGACAUGCUGAAGGCCCCCAGCACCUCACCUGCACAGGAGGAAGACACACAUACUUAAUAGUUGUUGAGUGUCUUUUUUUGUUGUUGUUUUGUGUUUCUUUGUAGAAAUUAUGCAUCUCUCUGAGGUUGUUUAUCCCUUUGCGGACAUUUUGUGUCUCUUUGUGGUUGUUUUGCCCCUUAAAGUAGUUGUAUUGCA